GGGCGGGGCUACGUCAUUGCGCGAGCCGCUGGGAAAGCAGGAAGAGGUCUGUCUUGCUACAAAGAUGGUCACUGAAGGCGAGCCAAGCGUCCUUAUCAAGCUCCUCCAGCUUUUCGUCCUUUCCACAGCCUGGGGGAUGCAGAUAUGGGUGACCUUUAUUGCUGGGUUUGUCCUUUUCCGAGGAGUAAGUCGGCAUACCUUUGGCCUGGUCCAAAGCAAGCUGUUUCCUUUCUAUUUCUACACCGUACUUGGCUGCACUUUUGUGAACCUCUCCGUCUUUGCUAUGUACCACCCACGGGAGCUUCUGGAUGCCAGGGAAACAAUCCAGAUCGUGCUCUUUUUUGCUUGCCUCGUCUUGACCUUGGCGAAUGCCUCCUGGUUCUCCCACGUCACCACCAAGACCAUGUUCAAGAUGCAGGAGAUUGAAAAGGAGCACGGACUCGGGGCAGAAGUGGGACUGUCGGGCCAGAAAGAAGCUUACCAACACCUGAAGGAGAAGGAUGUCAAGUAUCGGGGCCUCCGCCAGAAGUUCUUCAAGUUCCACGGCUUGUCCUCCCUCUGCAACCUGGCCUGUGUCAUCUGCACAGGGGUGAAUUUGGCAUUCAUGGCACUGCACCUGGACAGCCUGUAGGUGGCACCCUGUCCCUCUAUUUACAGUUUUCCUGGCUCUUACUGCAGGAUCUAUUUUCUAAUUCACAAAACCGGAUCUUCCUCCAUAACUGAAGCUUGCGUUCUGGUUGACCCUGCUAAGUAAUGACUUUGGCAAUGGUCAAAAAUCAAUACCUUUGGGUGACCGAUUGUGGGAGCAACGGCCCAUUUCUGAAACAGAUGUAUUUUGUUUCCUUACUGGAAGAUAAUAUUUUGAGCACAGAUCUUUUUUUGCCCAGACUUCAAAAAUGCCAUUUUUAUAUCUUGGACUCAGUAUGGCUGGCAGCUAUAUUGAACUUUUAGAAAAUAUGGUGACACUUCUAAAUAGAGACAAACUAAUAUUGUACCCUAUACUUGUUUUAAACCAUGGAGACCAUAAUCUGAAAUGGAGCCCCCAGUGGCGCAGUGGGUUAAACCCCUGUGCCAGCAGGACUGAAGACCAACAGGUCGCCGGUUCGAAUCUGGGGAGAGGCGGAUGAGCUCCCUCUAUCAGCUCCAGCUCCAUGAAAGAAGCCUCCCACAAGGAUGGUAAAAACAUUUUUAAAAAUCCAGGUGUCCCCUGGGCAACGUCCUUGCAGAUGGCCAAUUCUCUCACACCAGAAGCGACUUGCAGUUUCUCAAGUCGCUUCUGACACAACAAAAAAAAGGUCUGAACUUUGCUAAAUGAAGACCAAAUUUAUACUAGCUGCCCAAAUUAUGUUGUCUUUUGUAUUUUCCAUAAUUGGCAAGAAGUAUUUCAAACCACUAAAGCCGUUUUUAACAUGGGAGCUCAUUCCGUUCAUCUGUGCCUGAGUAAACGGCAUAUAGAUUGCACUGUUUGUGAUUCUUUUGAGUUUCUUAAUUUCUUGUGGUAUCUCUGACUGUGUGCCUAUUAAUGCAUAGAUUUUUUUUAAAAAACCUAUAUCAGGUGCAGUUUAAGCCCAAGCACCUCUUUUGGCAAAAUAACUAGCAAUACAUUAUUAUGGGUAGGAGCCCCCGGUGGCGCAGUGCGUUAAAUCCCUGUGCUGGGAGGACUGAAGACCGACAGGUCGCAGGUUCGAAUCCGGGGAGAGGCGGAUAAGCUCCCUCUAUCAGCUCCAGCUCCUCAUGCGGGGACAUGAGAGAAGCCUCCCACAAGGAUGAUAAAACAUCAAAUCAUCCGGGCGUCCCCUGAGCAACGUCCUUGCAGACGGCCAAUUCUCUCACACCAGAAGCGACUUGUUGCUCCUGACACGAUAAAAAAAAUUACUAUGGGUGCAUCUAAACUCUAAAAUUAGUGCAGUUUGAUAUCACUGUAAUUGCCACGGCUCAGUGCUAUGGAAACUUGGGAGUUGUAGUUUUACAAGGUCUUUAGCCUUCUCUGACAAAGAAUUCUGGGGCUUUACCAAACUGCAAAUCCC